CCCGCGGGCAAGGUGGGUUGGUCAGGCGGCGUCGGGCCCGGGGGUAAGCGGCCGGCGGCGGGGCCCGGCCCCGGGGCGGCGGGCGGAGGAAGGAGGGGGCCCGGCUGGCGGCAGGGGGAGGCUGGCUCUGCUGCGCGCCGAGGGGAGGGAGGGGCCGGGACGCCGGCGCGUCGGUGCCGACGGUCUCCAGGCGGGAGUGAGGAGGAGGAGGAGAAUCUAUUCAGUUCUGAAGUGCUUGGGGAAAAAAAAAAAUGAGUGUGCUUCUCAUUGAAGCCUUUUAUGGUGGCUCCCACAAACAGCUGAUGGAUCUUCUCCAAGAAGAGCUACGAGAUGACUGUGUCCUCUGCACGCUGCCUGCCAAGAAGUGGCAUUGGAAAGCACGGACUGCUGCUCUUUAUUUCAUGCAAACAGUGCCAGCAAGCACCAAUUACAGGAUCCUCUUUGCAAGCUCGGUGCUUAACCUGGCUGAACUCGCUGCCCUCCGCCCUGACCUUGGCAAAUUGAAAAAGGUCCUCUACUUCCAUGAGAACCAACUGGCAUAUCCUGUCCAGAAAUGCCAGGAAAGGGAUUUUCAAUAUGGAUACAACCAGAUACUUUCAUGUCUGGUCGCCGACGCUGUGGUGUUCAACUCUGCUUUUAACAUGGAAUCCUUUCUUACGUCCAUUGCAAGAUUUAUGAAGCUGAUUCCUGACCACAGACCCAAGGAUUUGGAAAAAAUGAUCCGACCCAAGUGCCAAGUUCUUUAUUUUCCAGUCAGGUUUCCUGAUGUGAGCAGGUUCAUGCCAGAACAUAAGCUUGCCCAUUUGGAAAAGGUAAUUGGUGUUAAAAGACAUGGAGAUGCUUAUCAAUCAGAGGGCCUGCCUAGCCAGCAGAAUGGCAGAGCUUUAAUGAGAAACAGCAACACACACCAUGAGUCUGGAGUUUGUGAAGCCCAGCAUGGACUUGAUACCACACAGCAUGAGGGUCUGCCUUCCCCAUUAACAGCAUCGGUGAGACUGAGCAAGUCUGAAGCAUCAGAGAGUGCAAAUCCUUGUCAAGAAGAAGAUAAGCAACAUUUGACUUUUAACCUUUCUAAUACCUUGAGUGGACUGGACAAUCAGCAAAGACCUUUACACAUUGCCUGGCCUCACAGGUGGGAACAUGACAAAGAUCCUGAAACUUUCUUUAAAGUCCUGCUGCAGCUGAAAGAGAAAGAUCUCCCUUUUCAUGUCUCUGUCCUUGGAGAGACUUUCACUGAGGUUCCAGAUAUCUUUUCAGAGGCCAAAAAAGCCUUGGGAUCUUCUGUCUUGCACUGGGGCUACUUAGCCAGCAAAGAUGACUAUUUCCAGGCUCUCUGCAUGGCUGAUGUUGUCAUCUCCACAGCUAAACAUGAAUUCUUUGGCGUGGCAAUGAUCGAAGCCGUCUAUUGUGGCUGCUAUCCCCUCUGCCCCAAAGCUUUGGUGUACCCAGAGAUAUUCCCAGCUGAAUAUCUGUAUUCUACACCUGAACAGCUCUUUAAAAGGCUUCAGAAUUUCUGCAGGAGGCCAGAUAUCGUGAGGAAACAUCUCUAUAAGUGCUGCAGGGAGAUGAGGCCACCUGGUCAAUAGGACUGCCAAGGAUGGGACCAGUGUGCUUUGAAGAGUGCUUGGAAAACAUCUAGCAAAGAAAUGUGAGAGUUGGGAAUUUUGAUUUUGGUUUGUUGUUUUUUUUUUUUCCCUGUGAAUAUCAGGCUGAGCAUCAAGCCACUGAACUUGUUUUCUGCUGAAGCUUCACAAGAGUCUCUUUUCCUUGGCUUCCUCAGGGGGAGGAGAGGCUACCUAUUAAAAAUGCAUAUGUUUUGUCUUACUGCUUGGCGCACCUCGCUUGAUAACCCCCUACUUUGAUUUGGGGAUGGCGCUCUUUGAACUUAAAGUCUCUUCCUUAGGACUGAUAUAUUCAAGGUGCUGGAGGGGAAGCCUGUGUCAGAUGAAAGAUCCGUAUGUAAAUAACGGUGUAGAGGUGGGGUUUAAGGCAUUACCCAUUUUACUAUCAGUUUCAGACAUAUGCUGCUCUGAUGCCGGCGUGCCUGGCAAAAGCUGGGAGCCCCUCACACAGCAGAUGAUUUUUAAUGAAGUCAUACUCUGCUGCCUACAAAUACAGGGUCAUGCUACACUUGUACGGGAGCAGUGAUUGCAGUAAUGUUGCUUAUUGUGGUCAAAGAGGGCAGAAGAUUGCCUUUUUGCAUUGUGUGGCUCUGGGGUUUUGGAGCCUGCACAGACAAAUUGAUUACACUGCAGCAGGCCACACAUUCUGAGAACGGAGGUGUCAUGCUGGAAAGCCAAAUUUCAGCAGCUGAUGAAUCAGUGCAAUGACUGUGAGUUGUUCCACCUUUUGCUGCGCUCUGAGCCUGCAAAUCUAAAUAGCAUCAGGACUUGAAAGGGAAACCUCAGAAGAAAUUUUGGUAGAUGCUAAAGGAAGUGGUUGUUGACUUAAUAAACGACACAUUUCCUUCUACAGAGCAAAUUAUCCUAGGGGUUCAAAUGAAGCAUGGGUAGAGGCAGGGGCAGAGAUGAGGAUAUCUGCACUGGAGGAAAUACUUCUAGCAGACUUUGGGGUGGUGAGUUUGAGUUCACCUCUGGUUUGGACGGGGUACAUCCUUGGCUUUUCCACCACGGGGAUUUCCCAGCUUGUAUUGACUGAUCAUGACGAGGGACUUAGAGCAAUCAGGGCUGUGGAGCUAGUCUGGAGGAGGCUUAGCCUUUAUGUAACUCGAACAACCUGAACUCAGAGGCAUCCUUAUAAAGCAAAUAAAUAAAGCCCCAGCUUGCUCCUGUAAUAUCAUCCACCUGAUUAUUCCUGAGCACUGCUCAGCCAGGUAUUUCCUCUGCCUUGUAAUCCAAGCAAGACAGACAAGACCCCAUAUGCUCCCUUUUCCGUAUGGGAAUAGGUUGUCCUGUUACCCAUCUAAUUCUGGAAUCUGUUGAGUUUUAUGGACUACAAAAUGGCCACAAUUAUACCCUGCAAGAGCAAAUGUCUCUGAUUGAUUCAGAGCCAGAGAGCUCCGUGGUGUCUGAUAGCCUGGGCCGUUCACGGUGCAAGGUUGUGUAAAGAUAACAAGUGUAAAAUAAUAUUUAUAACUGUGCUUGUGGAAAAAAAUGAUUCUGCUUCAGACAUGGCCCCUUACAAAGCUCCCAGUGAUGCUCCAGAAUCACACAGCACCUGAAGUGGAGCGUGUCCUCCCCUGGUUUAUCGCAUGUCUGCCUUUAAUUGGCAAUGGCUCCGUCUGAGACCGUGAUCCAUUCAAAUCCUGUAGGCCACACAGGUCUGGAAGGUAUUUAGAUCAGAAAACUCAUCCAAGCAAGAGGAGCAUUGCUUUGCCACUAAUCCACAGGAGAGCAGUACCUCCACAAGGUUAUUUGUAGAUUAUAAGGCCAAGAAAGGACUAUUUGGAUCAUCUGGUGUCACGUGUAUAACACGAGCCAUAUGACUUCCCUCAAUUAAUUCCUCUUUGAACCAGAAAACCUCAUCCUCUACCCUCUCUAAAAAUUGCCAGUGGUGCAGAAGCCACCACAACCUUUGAUACUGUUAGAUACUGCUAGACAUGGUGGCUUUUGGAGAUGUUUUUCUCUCAAACAAGGAGCCAAAAGUGGUGUUUAUCUCCUGUGAUCAUUAGAUACUUGUUGCUAGGGAGAGGAUGUCAGUCACGGCAUGGAGGCUGAGGUCCCAUAAAUAUCAGUGUCUUUUGCCUGGGUUUCCCUCGUGGUCCUACCUCCAUCUGACAUUCUUCCUUUUGCCCAUUUUCUGGGGCUGGUAUUGCAAGAGGCAGUUCAUCAGCAGACAACACAGUGCUUUUGCUGCAGAGAGCAAUGGUCCACUGACAGAUCGUGGUCCCAGCAGUCAUUUGGUGAAAUCUACCCAAG